AUGGAUACUCCAAUUAUUGACUCCCAUGUGCAUCUAUGGACUUCCUCGCAGUUGGAUACUCUAGCAUGGCAUUCGCCCUCUAAUCCACUGGGCUCUCAGCAUUCGGUCCAGGAGUACCGUGAUGCAGCAAUAUCACCUUUACCAGUCGGUUACCACUUUAAGGGCUUCGUAUACAUUGAAACGGACCGAAUAUCAUCCCUUGCACCUCAUGGCUGGACGCAUGUUCUUGAGGAGGUAUCAUUCAUCUCACACAUUGCCUGUGGAAUUCCGCUCGAAGGAGACAGGCAUGUCCCGACAGACAAGGUGCCAUGUCUGGCCAUUAUCCCUUGGGCGCCUGUUCCUCUAGGACCAGACGGACUAGAGAUGUAUAUGGCCAAGGUACAAGAGAAAGUGAAUAACAAUGGAAAAGAUGCAUGGGGAAAGGUCAAGGGAGUUAGAUACCUGCUUCAAGACAAACCAAGGGGCAUCAUGCUGGAAGAUGGCUUCAUCCAGGGGCUACGAUGGCUUGGGCAACGAGGACUGACAUUCGAUCUCGGAGUUGAUGCAAGGAGUGGCGGACUUCAUCAGCUUGAAGAAACGGUAGAGUUGUCAGAGAGGCUAUAUCAACAGGGCAGCAGCCAGGUGAAGUUGAUACUAAACCAUCUAUGUAAGCCGAAUCUACGCAUAUCGCCGUCUGAAACUUAUAACCACCGAGAAUUCAUUGAGUGGAAAAGGCAUAUCACGUCUCUCUCACGCCAUCCUCUCAUCUACAUAAAGCUCUCUGGCCUCUUUUCUGAACUUCUACCACUACCUGCAGUGGAAGUGGAACAAGACAAUACAGACCAGCUAUCUUUUACCGUAGAUGCCAUACAGCCAUGGACAGACGUCGUAUUCGACACCUUUGGCACCGCAAGGAUCAUGUUUGGGAGUGACUGGCCCGUCUGUAAUGUCGGUGGAGGCGGAAACCCCGUUACCUGGACGAGAUGGAUGAAGGUAGUUCAGCUGCUGCUGGAGAAGAGAGGGCUCGCUGAUGAUGAUAAGAACAACAUCUGGUAUCUCACUGCUCAGAAGGCGUACGGUAUCUCUCCAUCUUGA